AUGGCAACUUCAAGGCUGAAAAUAUAUAUCUUGGCAUUUUCUGCAAGCCUUCUCGUCGCAAGUAGCUCUAGCCAUGGCCAUUCUAGGCACCAUAAAAAGCAUGAAGCCAUGUUCAUCUUUGGCGAUUCAGUAUUUGAUGUAGGAAACAAUAACUAUGGAUGCUAUCUAACAAACUAUAUGAAUUCUACAACUUCUUUCCAAGCAAAUUUCUUGCCAUAUGGAGAAACGUUCUUUAGUUACCCAACUGGUAGAUUUUCCGAUGGCCGUCUAAUCCCAGAUUUCAUUGCUGAAUAUGCAAAGUUGCCAUAUUUACCACCAUAUUUGCAGCCUGGGUUGAACAAUUAUACUUACGGGGUCAACUUUGCAUCUGCUCAUCAAGGAUAUGUGAUACACCUUAAAACUCAACUAUGUCAGUUCAAGAAGGUGGUGAAACAGCUGAGGCACAAACUAGGUCAUGCAGAGGCCAAAACAAUUUUGUCGAAAGCUGUUUACUUGAUUAGCAUUGGAAACAAUGAUUAUUUUGCCCCCUUCACAUCAAAUUCCAGUUUGUUUGAGUCCCACUCACACAAAGAAUUUGUUGGCUUGGUCAUUGGCAACCUUAAGAAAGUGAUCAAAGUAAUAUACACUGUCUUAUGGUGGAGCCAUACUCCCAAUGUCACAGGGCCUUACAUUAAUCUAAAAGAGCUGCUUGAAGUUUAG